UUUUGACAAGAGUGAGAGAAAAAGAAAUAAAGAAUAGACAAGUACGGGGUGGGCUAGGGAUAGUGUGUGAAAAAGGAAAUCCCGACUCCCCGUCCCCGAGUAGCAAAAGCAAAGAGAGCAGUGCGCAGACAAGAAGAAGUAAUUACAACGGGGCAACAAAACAAAGGCAGCAGCAAACAUAGGAUUGAGAUUUGGAGAAAUCAAGAAACUCUUCGAACUCAACACGACACAGAAACAUGUUGCACAGCAAGACCUUCGUCAAGAAAACCAGAGGCGGCAAAGUUAACAAGCAAGUAAGAGAGCACUAUCUGAGAGACGAUAUAUACUGUGGAGCUCCUAUUUGCAAACUCUGCGAUUCCUCAGCUGCUCGCUUGAGUCCUUCUGCUUCCACCAUUCUCGUUCUCGACACCAAUGUCGUUCUCAACCAGAUUGAUUUGCUUGAGAACCCGGCGAUUGACGAUGUGGUCAUGCUAUCGGUGGUGCUGGACGAGGUUAAGAACAAGAACAUGGGUGUCUACAAUAGAGUUAGAGCUCUCUGCAGUAAUUCCUUAAGGAGAUUUUUCGUCUUUGCUAAUGAACACCAUAAGGAUACUUUUGUCAAGGAAAUGGCUAAAGAAAGUAAAAAUGAUCGAAAUGAUAGAGCAAUACGGGUGGCUGCUCAGUGGUAUCAGAGUCAUCUUGGUGGUGCAGCUCGCGUUUUACUUAUAACUAAUGAUAAGGAGAAUAAAAGGAAAGCUAUUGCAGAGGGCAUAUCUGCAGAGACAAUUGAGUCAUACGUGAAAUCAUUGGAUCGACCUGAUUUGCUUGACCUGGUAGUGCAACCUUCAUCAGAAGAUGUCGAAAUGGAAGAAGUUGAAGAUUUGAGACCGUCAAAGAGGAAAGUCAUUUAUACAGAGCACAAGCCCAUGUCUGAGAUUACUUCUGGUUUGCAUCGUGGAAUUUACCAUCAAGGAAAGCUUCGUGUUAACCGUUAUAAUCCAUUUGAAGCUUAUGUUGGGAGUGAGAGUAUCGGUGAUGAAAUAAUUAUAUAUGGGCGUACAAACAUGAAUAGGGCUUUUGAUGGUGAUAUAGUGGCAGUAGAACUUCUGCCCCAAGACCAGUGGCAUGAGGAGAAGUCUCUAUCCAUAGCAGAUGAAGAGGAUGAAGAAGAAGAUGUUCAUCUGGUUCCAAGUAGCGCUGAUGAUGCUCCUAGAACUACCAAUCUAGUGCAAGGUUCUGCUGGAGACACAAAUGCUGUCUCAUCUCGUCCGUCCGGCUGUGUUGUUGGUAUUAUAAAGCGGAACUGGCAUUCUUAUUGUGGAUCUUUGGAGCCAAUGCCUAUGCCUGCAGGUAGUGGUGGUACAGCCCAUGCCUUAUUUGUCUCCAAAGAUCGCAGAAUUCCUAAGAUUCGAAUCCAUACCCGGCAGCUUGAGAAUCUUCUCGACAAGAGAAUUAUUGUGGCAGUUGAUUCUUGGGAUCGUCUUUCUCGAUAUCCUUCUGGACACUAUGUACGGACCAUAGGAGAAAUAGGUGAUAGAGAUACUGAAAGUGAGGUGGUCUUGAUAGAGAAUGAUAUAAACUCGAGACCGUUUUCUUCUCAAGUUCUAGCAUGCUUGCCACCAUUGCCAUGGUCAGUAUCUUCUGAAGAUUUGACAAAUCCUAUUAGGCAGGAUUUGAGAGAUUUGCGUGUCUUUAGUGUGGAUCCCCCAGGAUGCAAAGAUAUUGACGAUGCACUACACUGUACAGCUCUUCCAAGUGGAAAUUUUGAAGUUGGAGUUCAUAUUGCUGAUGUAACCAAUUUUGUGCACCCUGGCUCCCCACUUGAUGAUGAGGCUUCACAAAGGGGCACAUCUGUCUACCUUGUUGAGCGACGAAUUGACAUGCUUCCAAAACCUCUAACGGAAGACAUAUGUUCUCUUCGGUCUGACGUGGAAAGGCUAGCCUUUUCUGUUAUUUGGGAAAUGACACCUGAAGCGGAUAUUAUUUCUACAAGAUAUACGAAAAGUGUGAUAAAAUCUUGCGCAGCAUUGUCUUACAUUGAAGCUCAGGCGAGGAUGGAUGACAGUCGAUUGAUGGAUCCAUUAACAACAGAUUUGAGAAAUAUGAAUGUUUUGGCAAAGAAAAUGAGGUCUAGGCGUAUUGAGAGAGGAGCCUUAACUCUAGCCUCUGCUGAAGUCAAAUUUCAAAUUGACACUGAAACUCAUGACCCUCUAGAUAUUGGUAUGUACCAGAUUCGGGAAGCAAACCAAAUGGUGGAGGAGUUUAUGCUUGCUGCCAAUGUUGCAGUUGCAGACAAAAUCCUUAAACACUUUUCUUUGUGUUCACUAUUAAGGCGCCAUCCUAGUCCAACCAGGGAGAUGCUUGAACCUUUGCUGCGGACAGCUGCUGCUGUUGGCCUCAACUUGGAUGUCUCGUCAUCAAAAGCAUUGGCUGAGUCACUUGAUCAUGCCGUGGGUGAUGAUCCAUACUUUAAUAAGCUGAUCAGGAUAUUGGCAACUAGAUGCAUGACACAGGCAGUUUAUUUCUGUAGUGGGGAUCUCAGUCCUCCAGAAUAUCAUCACUAUGGGCUUGCAGCACCUCUUUAUACUCAUUUCACUUCCCCUAUUAGGAGAUAUGCAGACGUCAUUGUACACCGUCUGCUUUCUGCAUCUUUAGGGAUAUACAAGCUUCCAUCAAUAUUCCAAGACAGACCCCAUCUAACUAGUAUCGCUGACAAUUUAAAUUAUCGACAUAGAAAUGCCCAGAUGGCGAGCAGGGCCUCAGUAGAGCUGCAUACUCUCAUCUACUUCAGAAAACGGCCCACAGACACAGAGGCCAGAGUAGUGAAGAUAAGAUCCAAUGGCUUUAUUGUUUUUGUGCCAAAGUAUGGUAUAGAAGGCCCCGUGUACUUGACAACAAGAAGCGAGAAGGGUGGUGGGGAAUGGUUUGUAGAUGAGCAACAGCAGAAGAUUAAAAAGAUGGAUGGUAGCCUCUCUUAUAGUGUUCUGCAGACGGUAAGAAUCCACAUGGAGGUUGUGGAGCCACAGCCCAACCGGCCAAAACUCCAGCUCACCCUUACUUAGAUGAGUCAAAUGACAUUUUACAUUGUAUUUCAAUAGCAAUGUUUUAUGGAGCUGUAAUGUUUGGUUUGAAUUAAGGGUGGAGCACUGUAGGGAUAGGAAUGCACAAAUACUGUAAUAUAGCUUGAUUUAGUUUAUAUUGAUUUUUUGAAUCUUGUGUGGUAUAAUUUCAGACUUUAUUAAAUUAUAAAUGUAAUGUCGUUCUAACUAAA